GCUGAGCUGCCCGCGUAUUUAUAUCUCCACCGAAGGAGUCGACCCGCUAUGUUUAGACCGUCGGGACACGCCUAUCCUUCUCUUCGGCACAAGAAGAAGGUUAAAACACCCACGUUAACUUUCUGCAGGAACGCCACGCUCGCCCGCAUGCUGGUUACUGGCCCACUCUUUUGUGACUGCUGCGUCUUUGCAUCGGCCUUGUUUUGAACAUUGCCCAGAAGUGUACAGGUAUUGGAAGAGACGCAGGCGGCUACACCUACUACAUUGUGUGUCACGUUACCCUCAUAGGAAGUCAUCUCUCUGUGUAUGUAUUGCGUGCGUGGGGGGCGGACUCGGGAAGUGCUUUGUUGAAGUGGACGUUUCUUCAUACUCUAUUGAGACGUUCGGAGGAAACUGGACAGAGGUCUGUGUGUUGCGCACUGCAGCCGUUUAUGAAGUUUUGUGUGGCGCUCUCGGAAGUGAAUCAGGUGUGUUUCCUAGUGAAUAAUUUCGUCCCGGGUGUACCGAACGCAUUCAAGAUCGAAAACACGUCCGUUGAGUGUUCUUGUGAAUAUUGGUGCGUUCAUCGGGUUGUGAACCUCUUCACCAAGGGUUUCAGGUCAUCCUACGCCUUGUCGUCUACACAGCGUUUGUUGUUUGAAUAAUCUGCCGACAGGAAGCAACUUCGAAGAAUCACAUAUUCAAAAGUGUCGCGGACUGAGGCGUAUGUGUUAAAGGUCAUCUCAUACGGAUAUUUCCACACCAGCUGAAUACCGGUUAAUUUCGAAAACCUUUCUGGUGUAGUAUUCGACAUUCACUUGAAGGGAAAACAAAAACACAAUUCCAUGCGCAGAUAACUUAAAAAUCAUUUUAUCACACACACACAAAAAAAGGCUGACCCUGUGUGGUUCUGUAUCUCAGCUUCCACUAUAUAAACGCCGUCACGUAUAUCUCCCGAGACAACAAGUCAAGCCGCGUUGCUCUUAAAAAUACCCCAAACAUUCGACUGCUGCUCCUUCAGUGCCGCUUUUGGAUAUUACUUGGGUAGCUAUGUCGUACUGCAGAGCAAACUGAUGCACAUCAAGUUUCCGACAAUCGACGUAUACAGCAACUUAGCGUCCACGCUUUCUAAGAACAACGGAUCCUCUUUCAACCGACAUGACUCAACAUGAAGCGGCUGAUGAUGACUCACUAUCUUUAGCGGUCGAUUCCGAUCCCACAGCUGCCGAUAUUGACGAAUGCGAAGAUAUUUCUCUCAGCUCCCUCUACAGGCUGGACACCCUUGACAGGGCCUGCAACGAGAUGAGAUACAUCGUCAAAGACAUGGAGGCCAUGGAAUGCCGCUUGUCUCAACUUAGUCAGAAAUAUUCCAUGAUGUCAAAGAAGGCCAGAAACGUCCUCUCGGACCUGGACAAGGUGGACAGCCGACAACGAAAAUACAACAUCGUUGUAUUCGGUCUCGAGGAGACAGAGGAAGAUCCGGAAUCCUGCGAGGAGCUUGUCCUGGAUCUAGCCAGUGAAUACUUAAGAGUGCCGCUAGCGAAGGACGACAUCGUCAGCGCGUACAGGCUGAAAUCGUCGUCAGCUCCAAGACCUUUAUUGGUCAAGCUGAAUGAAAUCGAACUGAAGGAGAAACUGCUGAAAUCGUGCGGACGCUUGAAAGGUACAGGGAUCGGUAUCCGCGAGGACUAUCCUUGGGAAGUUCGACAGCAAAGAAUGUUGUUGGGGAAGAAAUUGGUGGAAGAACGUUCGGCUGGUCGAAGGGCAUCGCUGGAGUUUAAUAAGUUGACUGUGGAAGGGAAGGUGUUUGUGUGUGACAAGCAGUGUGAGAAUGUGAUCGAAUAUGAAGAGAGUGAGAGGAAUGAGAGAGAAGGCAAGCGUGUCCUUAAUAAGCGUGAUGAAUUGGAACCUGUGUUGGGUGGACUAAAGUGCUUGUCUGGGGACUGGUUGGAACGCCAUUCGAAGCUAAUUAAUGAUAAGUUGAGGUUGUUGGACGGGAACCACUGGUGAAAGUAGUCGAAGACUGUUGAAGUUGACGGAAGUCGGCUCUGAGCGUCAUGCGUUAUCUGUACUAGUUUAUCCCCAAAUGCGCGCGGGUAUACUUUGCUGUGUUUGAAAGCAUCUGGAAUGAAUCGUCGCAAAGCUGGAUCUUUGUGGGCUUGUGUGUUAUCGGCAUUCAUGUGAACGAUACAGGGUGGUACUAUGUUAAUCGUUACGUGUAAUAUGCGUUUGUGAAUAGUGACUGUGAUAUAUAUGUUCUGAUAUUCUAUAGGAUUGCUUCGUGUGCAUGUGUAAGAAUAAAAUCGUGCUGGUUAUUUAUUGCCCCCUA